UAGCCGCCGUCAUCACGGCGGCUGAUUCGUUCUGUCAGUUUUUGUUAUUGUUCAACAACCUGUGUAGCCGCAACGCCGCAUAAAAUCCGUGCACGGACAAAACGUUUAGUUUUUCGCAUAAUUUAGAAUCUUACACCGGUUUUGUUCUAAUUUUUCCAUAAUGUCCCGCAAAGAGGCGCUCUCGCAGUUCAUCAACCAGAUCCACGGUCGCCCGGUGGUAGUCAAACUGAACAGCGGAGUCGAUUACCGUGGUGUGCUGGCUUGCCUCGAUGGCUACAUGAACAUCGCCCUGGAUCAAACGGAAGAGUACGCCAACGGUCAGCUGAAGAACAAGUAUGGCGAUGCUUUCAUUCGAGGUAACAACGUUCUGUACAUUUCGACGCAAAAACGGAGAGUUUAACUUACCGAUAAGAAUGGGGAACUUUCUUUCGUAAUAAAGAACUGUGCGUAAAAGAUUUA